UGCUGGAUGCGGAAAUACUCAUAAAACAGACAAAAAUAUAUCAAGAAAAAAUUAAUAAGAAUAUUGUAUAACAUUUGUCACAAUUUUAUUAUAUCAGACAAAACAUGUUGUUAUAUCGCCAUUUAUGAUUUUAUAGCGAAGAUUAAUUUCAUUUCAAGAGAUAUCAUUGCAAGGAUUGUGAAGAAGGACAUUUAUUUGUUAUCAACAGCAAGAUAUUAUCAAAUGUGAAAUUUGUUUGUAAAGCAAGAUAGCAUUUACAACAGGUGAAAUUCCUUUGUACACCAUGCUUGUUCAAAUAUUGAACAAGUUUGAACAAACUUGUGAAUCAAUAAGUUCAUCUUUACAAACUUAUUUUGUAAAGUUUUCAGUAAAAGUGGAACAACUAGAUGGAAAUUCACUUGUCAGAUGAAAAACAUUUACUAAACUUUGUGUAUUUAAAAUACAUAAGCAUUAUCAGGAUAAUUGGUGAAUAAUGGCUGUUGCUGGUAAAAAGGCAUCUCAAAAAUUAUCAUCUACACUAUCUCAAAGUGAUGCUGAAGAUUAUGACAUUUAUUGUGAAAUAUGUGAUAGAGCUGAUAUCAGGCUGCCUGCCUUUGGUUACUGUGUAGAUUGUGAGGAACACUUAUGCCAACCUUGUUUCAACACUCACAGGCAACCCAAACCACUAUGCCAUCACCAACUUUCAGAUAAAGAUCACAUGCCACAACAACAAAAACUCCAUGGAUCAUCAAAAUCUUCUUCCAGUCCACAGACUGGUGAUUUUACAAAGCCUUGUGCUAAACACAGCAAGGCAGUGAUUAAAUUCUACUGUCAUGACCAUUAUGCUCUUAUAUGUAGUGUCUGUGUGACCCUUGAACACACAACAACAUCCUGUCAUGUGGACUACAUACCUGAUAUAUCAGGGCAGGUUAUAGACAGCAUCGAGUUCAAGGAAACUCUGAAAGAUAUUGAUAAAUUGACAAACAAAUGCUCCCAGAUUACAAGUGACAUGAAACAAAGAGUUGCUAAAUCAACAACUUCUCUUGUAGAUGCUAUAGCAGAAAUUGAAAACUUCAAAAAAGAGAUAAAUAAGAGAUUAGAUGAACUAGAAAAGGACGUUAAAGAUACAGCAACAUUAAUCCAACUUGACAACGACAAAAAGUUGAAAACAACAGAACCAACAUGUGAUGGCAUCAACAAAUCACUUCAAGCAUCAGCUGAUACUCUUAAACAACUCAAUUCAAACAAGAAAACUGACCAACUGUUUACUGAACUUAAGAUAGCUCAGCAACUGAUUCAAGUUAAUAACAAUAUAAUAUCACAACUACCAAUAAUCAAUAACAUUGAUGAUUACAUCUUUGAACCAAAUCAAGACAUCAAAAAAUUAUUUCAAGAUCAGAAAUCAUUAGGAACAUUGAGCUGUAAGAAAACGAAACACACAGCUGAACCAAAGAAUCAAGCUGCAUUAGAAAUGAAAAUGUCUACUCCUAUAAAAAUCAAUGCUAAAUCAUCCUCAGACGAAAGUGAUUGCUGGAUAAGUGGUUUAGCUGUUUCUCCUCAAAAUCAAAUAUUUGCAGCUGAUCACUUUAAUGACUCUAUUAAAAUGAUACACAUUAGUAUUGGAACAAUAAAGCAAUUGAAGCUUGACCCAUCACCAUUGGAUGUCACCAUUGUUUCCAGUGAUUCACUUGCUGUUACAUUACAAGACAGCAAAACAAUACAGCUCAUUUCCUUCUCACCAGACUCACUCUCACCAAAGAACAAACUGAAGGUAGAUGGAGAAUGUUACGGUAUCAGUCAUCAUCACGGAAAACUUGCAGUCACAUUUACAAAUCCUUGUAAACUCCAAAUUAUGGACUUGAAAGGUAAUAUUGAAAUGACAGUUGAAAAAGAUUCAAAUGGUGAUAACAUGUUCAGUUAUCCUAUGUUUGUCACAACAAACAGUCAUUCAAUCUAUAUAUCCGAUGAUGACACUAUUAAUGAUGUAGUUCUACGAUUUAACUGGCAAGGGGAGAUGAUAGGAUUAGUGCGAUUUGAAGAGCCAGGUAGUUUAACAGGAUCAGUAGGAAUUGAAGGACCAAGUGGUAUAACACUGUUAGAUGAUGGGUCUCUCUUGGUGAAUGGUCACAACAGUCAUUGUAUACAUAGAGUAAGUGGUGACUGUAAAGACAGCAAAACUAUUGUGGAGGAUGUAGAUAGUCCUUGGGCUGCAUGUUGGUGUGCUGAAACCAGGACACUAUGUGUUAGUAGAUUUAGGACGGGCAGUUUUGACAAUUAUAUCAAAUUAUAUGAAAUGAUGUAAAAGACAUGACAAGAUAUGGUACAACACUAACAAUGGGAUAAACACUUCUGAUCAUCAUCAUUCAGUAUUGUAUUAUAUAAGUUAUUGUAGCAUUAUGAUAAAACACAUUUAACUUAAGUUUUGUUGAUCUAUAGAUGUACAGACAUUUUGUCUUUUUUACAAAAUAAAUAAGAUGUUUUAUUAAUAUAUCUAUUGUGAAAAAUUGUAGCAGUAUACAAACAGAUGUUUGACAAUAAAGUACUUAAAAUACAGAACACUUAAUAUGUACACAUUUCAGUUUUGCACCUUUCCAGACAAAAGGAUUUUUAAGUUUCAAUUUUCAUCAUUUAACAGAAAAUGUAAAGGUGAAAAUAUGCUUCAUUGAUCAAUUUUUAGAAUUUUAUGUAUCAUGAAAGAUAAUUCUAUUGUUUAUUGAUGUAUAGAUACACAGCAGUAAAAUGUAAAA